AUGACCAACAAACUCUCCUAUCCCGGUCUCAAAUGCGUUCUCGAGUACUUGGAGGCAAAUCGACGUAUCCACAUCACCGCCCGUAGCCCCGACCUCCGAAGAAUUGAAAAAUCGAUACCUAUCCAUUUAAAAAUUGUGGAGAUUGAAGAAGGUAACAUUUGGUUGAACUAUAUCCAGAUGAGCCCGUCUCACUGUAAUGAAAUAGAGUUCAAAAGAGGAAUAAAAUGCUACAAAUGGUGUUAUCCAAUGAACCUGGAAUUCGAAAAGGCAAAGGAGAAAGUGCGAGAGUACUACUUGGGAGGAAGAAUGAAUAUUUAUGCAAAUCAUUUUGGGGUUUCCAACAGAGAAGUAGAAAGUUUUCCAAAGUUUAAUGUGACAACUAAUGAAAUGACAGUUUAUGAUUGUCUAUUGGACGAUAUCGUCCAAUACAUCAAUCCAAAUAGUUUCCCCCUAGAAGAGCUGACAGUCGAAUGUUAUGAUGAAUUGAACCAUCCACAUGUUUGUUCUGCAAAAAAGCUUUGCAUUGAAUUAAGUGACGAGCAAAGGAAUGAAUAUUCAACUAGAAUCAAUGCAAUUCAAAACAAAAAUGCAGAAUUAGAAUAUGAUACUCUUGAAUGGACGGAUGUAAUGGGCUUGAUCAGGUAUUGGAUGGAAAAUGAAAAGGAAACGGGCACCACUAUUGUAUGCAAAGGAUAUCAUCACGGUAAUUCAAACGACUGGAUUGCGACUAAACUUAGAAACGAGUUCAGCGAAAUUUUGAGUGAAUUAACCGGAGUUAAUGAUCAAUACCCUAAUGGAACACCAGGUUUCUCCAUUCCACUAACAUCCACAUCGAAGAUUCUUGUAUAUGGACGGAAAUAUUCAGAAAUAUUUUAUGAGGAGAUUGUCUUGAAAGUUGUGAGCAGUCAAGCUGAAGACAGCACGAUGGAGAUGGAGCACCAAUAA